AUGUACAGGAAAAAUACAAAUGUGUUGAUAGCAACGCAUAAAAAUAAAAAAGCUAAAAAAAAACUAGAGGAAUAUCAGAAAAUUGGAUGUAAAGGAGAUUGGAUACUUAGAAUUGUAAACAAUAGUAACAAAAAUGGAUUUAGGAUGAAAGAAGUGGAUAAAAAUUAG